AGUCUUAGGUCAUGUAAGGUUCGUAGUACACAUGUUGGUGGUAGCAUGCUGAAUUUGUUGACAAACUUGGUUGGGGUGUAGUGUAGUAUAAAGUCUUCCAUUUUGUAUGCAUAAUUGAAAGAUGUCAUUCUUCAUUAAGGGUUCGGGUAAAACUAAGACCAAAAAGCGUAAGCCAACUACUCCAGAGAAAGCUGUACCAAAGAAAAAGGCAAGAAGACCAAGAAAUGAUGAAAUACUUAGCGAGUCAGAUGACAGUGACAAUGAAAGGAAGAAAGAUAGUGAUAUCGAGUUGUCUGAGGCUGAAGAAGAGACUGCCCAAGAGAAACGACUCCGGCUUACAAAACUUUAUUUAUCACAACUUGAACAAGAAGAAAGAGACAAAAGUGAAUUACAUGAAAUAGAUGAAGAUGCCGUAGCUCACAGAUUACAAGAUGAAAUUCUUGAACAAAGAGGGAAGUUGCAACGUAAAGUGGCUGAACUGCUUGUUCCCCCUACCAUGGAGGACCUAAGGGUUUUGAGAGGUCACAGGUUACCACUGACCUGCCUCGUAAUCUCUUCGGACAAUAAGUUUAUCUACAGUGCAUCUAAAGAUGGUGCUAUUAUUAUGUGGAAUUUUGAAACUAGUAAGAAAAUUAAAAUUAUUCCUGGUGGAAGAAAGGGUACAGAAGAUACACAUAUUGGGCAUACAACGCAAGUACUGGCUUUGGCUAUAUCAACAGAUAACAAGUUUCUGGCAUCUGGUUGUAAAAGCAAAGUCAUACAUAUAUGGAAUCCUCAGAGCAUGGAACGUAUACACACUUUCAAAGGCCAUAGGGACUCAAUAUCGGGGCUGGCAUUUAGAAAGGGGACACAUCAGUUAUUCAGUGCAUCUCAUGAUAGAUCAGUCAAGGUGUGGAAUCUGGACGAGAUGGCCUACGUCGAAACACUGUUUGGUCAUCAAGAUUCUAUAACUGCUAUAGACAGUCUGACGCGUGACAGAGCUGUUACUGCUGGCAGUCGGGAUAAUACAGUCAGAAUAUGGAAAAUCCCAGAGGAAUCCCAGCUAGUUUUUAAAGGCCACAGUGGUUCCAUUGAUUGUAUUCGACUGAUCAACGAAGAACAUAUGAUAUCUGGAGGAGAGGAUGGUUCAGUUGCCGUCUGGAGUAUAAUGAAGAAGAAACCUAUUGCUGUAGUAGAGAAUGCACAUGAAAACUCUGAUGGAGCCCGCCAUCAACAAAACUGGAUAAGUGCAGUGGCGGCCUUGCACAAUACUGACCUGUUGGCUACAGGUACAUGCUCAAGAGACUCAUUUAUUAGACUGUGGCAUUGUGGGACAGGAUUCAGAUCUCUCACCCCUCUCUUCAAUAUCCCAGUGAUGGGCUCUGUUAAUGAUUUACAGUUCACAAGUGAUGGGCGCCACCUAGUGGCAGCAGUUGGCCAGGAACACAAGUGGGGUAGAUGGUGGCGGCUGAAAAAUGCAAAGAACUGCAUUGUUAUCAUUAAGUUAAAGAAAGACAAGGAUGUUUGAAUUGAAUGAAAAAAGGUCAAAUAUCAGCAAUAUUUGGAUCAAAACGGUUAGCGCCAAAAUACAUACUCUGAAUACACCAAAGAUAAUGGCACUUACCCCGGUAUUCUUAAAACAAACUUUAGUCGUAGUUAGGAACUAAAAAACUUAGAAAAUACGUCAUUUCGUAUUCUUAAAGCGAACUUCGACUAGCACUAAGACUAAUUCUCAUCGUUUUGUAACUUAUUUAGAACCCCUUGAGUUGGAACGAUAUUUGGUAAAAUUCGGUUUUCUGCCUUACUAGCUUUUGUAUAUUUGAAUUUCUUGAACAUAAGCUCUUGGCACUGAAAACCCAUGCAAGAUAAUUAAUAUUUAGAACAAGAUAAAAAAGUUUUCCUUGCCAAGUAACAGGCACAUAAAUAAUAACAUUCUUAUUCUUUGCAUAGACACAUAAAAUGAAAUAAUUUAUUUAGCACUACACCUGAUGAAGCCCCAGCAAAAGCUCAUGAUUAUAAUCAUAUCGUUAUUUAAAAAUGUGAUACAAACCGAUUUCUUAUUUACUGAUUAAUAUGGCUACUCGACUACCUUUUAAUAAUUUAUUUGAUUCUUUUAAAUGAGUAAUCACAUUUUUAAGGUUUUAGCAUAGUAUAUCCAGUGCCGUAUCUAGGGAGUGCGCAGGGGUCCAUGCCCCCCCCCCCCCAAAAUGGCUCACUUUCCCCACUCGCUCUCAAGUAGUUGAAAGUAACCUCAUCGAAUUUUUUUUUUGCAAGGUAGGGCCCUCACUUAAUUUUCAAGUCCCCCUACUUCACCUUUUUCCCCCCUCCCAUCAUCCCCCAUUUCAAAAUUCCUAGACACACCACUGAGCAUAUUUUGAAGUAUAUAUAAAUUGACACCAUAAUUUUGGGCCCAUAUUUAAUCAAAUAUUAAUAUUAAUAUUUCACUAAUGUAUCUAGAUCUCCAAAGCGUCCCAGCUUUGAUAUAGAAUUUACAAUACAUUACAUAGUACUUCACCUAGUGAUAGCUAUGUUAAUGCUUCCGAACUCAAUUACCAUUUAAUCAUUUUUAAUAUUAAAUAAAAGUAACAUUUUUUUAAAAGUUGCAUAACAUUUUCUUCAUAAAAUGAAUUUUGAAGGUAAAGAGAAAUGUUUCUUUUUCAAAGUGGUCUGUACAAAGAUGACAAACUAAUAAAAUUAUGUUUAUACAAUAACA